AUGACUUACCUUUACACUCUGACAGUCUGUGGCCUUAAGGGUCUUCCCGCCCCUAGUUCACCCCCUUUCGUGCCUCUGGGAAUUGAAAGGAAACGGGAAGGUAGAAGUGGAAACUUCUGCUGUGAAUGGAAUGUCAGAAUGAGCUGGAAAGCUACCCUUAAGGAAUCCAGUGUGAAACACUAGGGCUUGAUUGAAAUUCCCAAUCUUUCAGAAGAAAAAGAAGUAGAUGACACUGAGGUGAACAUGAGUGAAAAGAAAGGCGAUGGGGCUAUACUGAAGGAUCUUAGGAAAGCUCCAGGCCCCACCAAGGUCAGGGAGGCCCUUGGAGAUUACCUGAAGGCACUAAGAGUAGAAUUUACAAUGAGAAUGAUUUUACCAACGAAAACUAUUGCAACUGAGGAACUGACUGUUAAAAGCAAACUGAGUGAGGAACACUGUGCAGCAGGUGAAAUGAUUCUGUGCCGUACCCAUGGGCAAGUGAAAUCGCAAUUGGACUGUACGGGAGUUCCAGUUUCUACUGUAAAGAUGAAAUUCUGUGGGCAGAAGCAGUAUUUUGAAGAAACACGUUUUACUGCAGAUGACCACCCGAAAGUAGAAUAA